CUCGGGCAUGCCGCUCGCGAGCAGAGGUGCGGGGCUUCUGCCCUAGCCCUUGAAGGUCUCUUUGGGUAAAUGAAUGCGAUAACGGACAGCAGCAUUAUGGAGGUGAGGGAGCGAUUACACCAUGAAUGACAAGUACCAUAAGGCGGCUCGGGAUGGCUACCUCGACCUGCUCAAAGAGGCUACACGGAAGGACCUCAAUGCACCUGAUGAAGAUGGAAUGACACCGACAUUAUGGGCAGCUUAUCACGGCAAUUUGGAAGCCCUACGAUUAAUUGUUGGAAGAGGAGGGAACCCUGAUAAGUGUGACAUAUGGGGAAAUACCCCACUCCACCUGGCAGCUGCCAACGGCCACCAGAACUCCCUGUCCUUCCUGGUGUCAUUUGGUGCAAACAUCUGGUGCCUGGACAACGACUACCACACCCCACUGGACAUGGCUGCCACCAAGAACCACAUGGACUGCGUGCGCUACCUGGACUCCAUCGCUGCCAAGCAGACGGCCCUCAACCCCAAGCUGGUGGGCAAGCUGAAGAACCGGGCGUUCCACGACGCCGAGCGCCGCAUCAAGGACUGCGUCAAGAUGCAGAGGAAGCACCACCGGCGCAUGGAGCGCAAGUUCCAGAGGGAGGCGCCGGAGGCCUCGGUGUCCGACGCCAUGAGCUUCUCCAGCUACACGGGCAGCAGCGUCAGCCGGAAACUCCUCAACACUGCCACCAUUAGCGUGCCAUACUCCCAGGCUACUCUUCACGCCACAACCAGAGGUAAAACCAAGAUCCAGAAGAAGCUUGAGAAAAAGAAGCAGGGUGACGGGACUUUCAAGAUCUACGAGGACAGCCGCAAGAGCGUCCGCUCUCUGUCCGGCCUCCAGCUGGGCAACGACGUCAUGUUCCUGAAGCAGGGCACGUAUGUGAACCCGCGGGACCGCACGCGCCGCAACAUCCGCCACAUGUUCCCCUCCGACAACGAGGACGCCAUCUCCCGUGCCAUCAGCGAGCCGGACCUGCACGGCCCCGACAUCGACCACUCGGAGGUCAGCACCGACUCUGGCCACGACUCGCUCUUCAACCGGCCAGGCCUCGGCACCAUGGUAUUCCGCCGCAACUACGUCAGCGGCGGCCUGUUCGACAUCGGCGUGCGCGACGAAAGCAGCCUGGUGGACCUGGAGGAGGCCACGGCGGCGUUCCCCCCCGCCAACCUGCGCCUGCGCAGCCGGCUGCAGCGCCCGCCCAGCGUGGGCGAGGACAGCAUCGGCAGCGCCCGCAGCCUGCAGCAGCGCAACGCCGACGACCUGCCCUGGGACGAGCAGGAGCUGGGACUGGACGACGACGACGAGCCCGAGAGCAACCCACUGGAGGUCUUCCUGGCCGCCCAGUUCAUGAACGAGUUCAUGCCCAUCCUGCGGAGGGAGAAGAUCGAUCUGCAGGCCCUGCUGCUCUGCUCCGACGCUGACCUGAAGGGCAUCCACAUCCCGCUGGGGCCCCGCAAGAAGAUGAUGGACGCCUGCAAGAGACACGUGGAGACCAUCGAGGACCCGGAGGCUAUGGUGGACACAGCACUCUAACACAUGGUGCAUCCCCAAAAAGCAUGGUGGCAGACGAAUGUUGAAGAAUACUGAUGAGGCUGCCAGUCAAUGAAGGCCAAAUAGACACCCUGGGUAAAAGAGUGAAAAUAACUCGGUAACACUUUACUUUAGGUUUCUACAUAAGAGUGACAUGACACUGUCAUAACCCUGACCCUAACCUGUCAUGACAAAAACCGAAUGACACUUGACAGAAGCGAGUGACAGAAGCGUUUAAAGUAAAGCGAGUAAAGUGUAACCAAUAACUCUCUGAAGUGAUUUGGAGGGUUGUACAGAUUUGGCCCCACUGAGGAGCUUCAGUGUUUUAAUGAAAAGUUGCUUUCAUAUGGCAAGCUUGGAGUCAGCUGUGAAAGUCAAUGUGAUACUUCUGACAGGCUGACUUAUGUGCAGGUGUUAAUGCCAACCCAUUUGAACAUGAAUUGACUUUUAUUUUUGGAACCAGACUUGCUUGUACUAUAACAGUUAGGAUAAUUAGCGUAUCCAGAUUGAUUCAAUGAACUAUUCAGCAGUGUCUGCAUUUGUGUCACCUAGUGCAGUUAUUUCUACCUCCACUGGAACCUUACAAUUACUUGACAUGGCAUGAGUGCAGGUGGGAUUGUGACUGGUGUCUCCUUUACUUGAGCAUGCCAUAGUCGUCGCCUAAGCCUAGUGUACAUGCUAGUGUCUCUGUCCCUGUAGUAGUGUCAGUUUGUGGAGGAUUUUUUGGUAGGGGGAAUAAGCAUGGUCUAUCUCACAAGUAUCUCACAAUCUGCCAAGUACAUAGACUAACAGAAAAUCCUUUGUGACACACCAGUUCCUGUAUUAUGACAUUGAACUUCAGUCUUUAGGCUUUUUGAAGACAGGAACCUGUACAUCCAUGCAGUAACUGAGAAGGAUUGAUAUGGGAGGAGAGGAAAGUAUGUGGUCAUCUAUCUCUCUCUCUCUUUCUCUCUGAUUUUUCAAUGACCUGUGGCUCCCCCUUCUGGACAUUGUGCAGUGUACAACUCAACUGAUAUAGUGCUUAGUACCAAGCCUCUCUAGAGUGCUGUGAUUCCCAUACACAUAGUAGUUGAAAGGAGACACUACAUGUCAAUCUACUAUGAAUUAUAAACCAUUAUAAACAACUUGCCAUGCCAUGUGUAGAAAACAGAAUAAGGUGUUCAUCAUCAAGAUGUUUUAUUAUGUGGAUUAGUGAAGAGCAUGACCAGUGUACCUGAAUUCAAAGGUUUUCAUUUGAACUUGCAGUCACUAACAACUGUUAGUAAUACCGGUAUAUAGCCUGUUAAUAUUUACAAACCAUAUUUCAUUACUUUGCACCAUUAUCUGGUGUGAGGGUGACAGUAUGGCGGUAAUGUUCAAUGAUAGCCCACUCACUGAAACACUUUCUGUAGACAUAAAAGGUUACUAAAGUAGAUUGUCAGCACAACAAUGUUACCUAGAAUUAACACAGUUUUGUUACUUUAAUUUCCUCUUUAUUCGUGAUCACUUUGGUUGUAAUGGUGGUUUUGUAAUGGUGUCAUAUCUGGGUGGAAUUAUAGUGACUUUGACUAAAAGCUAAUAGGCUGAUCACAAUCAUUACACUGUAAUAAUAUGCCAAAAUCAUUGUAGGUGGAAUGAGCUAGCAGUGCCACCGUUUUAGGCACCAAUGCGAAGCAGGGGAAUAAAUGAUCUACUGCAACUCUCUUUGAAAUGGAUUCGUCAUCCUUUUCAGGAUAACUUUUCAUUCCCAGACCUUUGGCGAAUCACGUAAAGGAGAAAGCUUCUAAAGUGUCAGUUUUAGUUAGGGCGUAGUAGUACUCUCUCAAGUGCCCACUACUCAAUACACAAUACUCAUUGUACUCAGGCCUUGCUUUUUUGUACUAAGCCAGAAAUAAGCCCUUUUCAUUCCACUGAGAAGGAAGUCCACCCAGUUUGCAUGCGAACAUCAGACACAGUUGACCCGCCAGUCUUGGUGUUUGUUUGUUUUCUGUAGUUCAUUAACAGCCUACAAGCCUUCUAUAUUUACAUGGUGUCUGUCAUGGUCUCUGCUAUGUGCAGUUAUUUGAGUGUAAUGUAGCAUUUUACCGCGAAAUGUAACACAUCGUAAUGGCCUGUUGCUUUAGAAGCAUUUGUAAACAAACAAACAACUUGCUAAAGAUGGUUUAUGUAAAUGAGAUUCUCUGUAAAUAGUUGUAUUUAUGAUAUAUGUAUUUUUGUAUUCCAAUACUAAGAGAUAUUGUAAC